AGAGACCGCGCGCGCCGCUCAGUAGAAGGAGGUUCGUGCUCGGUCUGUGUCGUCCAUAGCAAAGCGCUUUGCGCAUGCACCCCGGCCCUUGCGCCAACGCGAUACUAACUAUACUACCAAUAAACAAUGAUAUUCUAACUGCACUGUUCGUCCGACUUGUUACCGUCGUCUUUUAAUAAAAUAACAAGUACAUUUGUUAUAUAUUGUUCAAAUCACAAAUUAACAAUGGUCAGUGGCAACAAAAGACCCGACGACCCCAUGAAAAUACCGCCGAAAAAUCGUGAAAAGAAAACCAACAAUUACACGCGAGCGAAUAUUUUCACGAAAGCAUGGUUCAUGUGGAUGAUGCCCACGUUCUGGCGCGGCUACAAGCGAGACCUCUACGAUGCCGAUCUCACCAAACCCAAAGACAACCACCUCUCUGACAAACUUGGAGACAGAUUAGAAAAGAAAUGGCACGAGGAAAUAGCUUUAGCGAACAAGCAGGGACGCAAGCCGUCGCUUCUCCGCGCAAUGACUAAGACGUUCUGGUUGAGCUACGCACCUUCCGGAGUCAUGUUCAUGAUACAUGCACUCCUCCUCAAACCGUUCCAGCCAGUGGCGUUGAGCAUGCUGCUUUGGUACUGGGAGCCCGGCUCAAACAUGACGUACCAGCAGGCAGUGUACUGCGCCUCCACUGUCAUCAUACUGUCGCUGCUGAUCGCAUUCAUCUACCACCAUGGGACGUACUCCACGCAACAGUUCGGAAUGAAAGUCCGCAUCGCUGCUUGUUCGCUUAUUUACAGGAAGGUAAUGCGCAUGAGCUCCGGUGCUUUGGCUCAGACGACGGCUGGCCAGGUGGUGAACCUGCUCUCCAACGAUGUGAACCGGUUCGACUACGCGUUUAUCUACUCGCACUUCAUCUGGCUGCUGCCGCUGCAAGUUGUGCUGGUUUGCUACCUCAUCUACAUCAAAAUCGGUCACGCUGCCGUCAUUGGAGUUAUCGGCAUCGUUCUCCAAACCAUUCCUGUUCAAUCAUACAUGAGUAAACUGGCUGCUAAAUUGCGUAUGAAUACUGCGUGCAAAACUGACGAACGAGUUCGCAUCAUGGACGAAAUCAUUACUGGAAUGCAGGUUAUAAAAAUGUACGCCUGGGAGAAACCUUUCGAGCAAGUCGUCGCCUUGGCUCGCAAAAACGAAAUUAACUGUAUCACAUCUGCAUCUUACCUCAGAGGAGUUUACCUCAGCUUCAUGGUGUUCACUGAGAGACUAUCCCUAUACAUCACUCUUUUAUCGUACUCGUUAUUCGGAUACCAAGUCACUGCUGAUAUUGCUUUCCCGUUGGCUCAAAUGUUCAAUAUUCUACAAGCUUCACUAGCUGUCUUAUUGCCAACGUCUUUGUCAAUGAUGAUGGAGUCAUAUACAACCAUUCAACGUUUACAAGAUUUUCUUACUCUGGAUGAAAGAGAAGACCUCCGCAGCGUAGCAGACGUAGAUAUCGCCAAAUUAGUACAAAAGGUUGUAAACAAAAAGAAUAAAAAUAUAGAUGAACAAGACCUUUGCCCUAACACUUUUAAAAAGAUUGAAGAAGAAGGUAUUUGCAAUCCAGGAUUCGACUGUAACGAAAAAGGACUAAUGACACCUGCACAACAUCUUAUAGUAAGCCCUGAUAUCGGUAUACUGAUCAAAGACGUUAUGGCCAACUGGACGGAGGAUGGGCCGGUGACACUACGUAAUAUUAACUUAAGUGUACCUAAAGGAAAGUUAUGCGCUAUUAUUGGUUCAGUCGGUUCUGGAAAGAGUUCAGUAUUGCAACUGUUGUUGAAUGAGUUACGUACAACGAGUGGAAAAAUCCAUCUAUCGGGACCAUUGUCGUACGCUUGCCAGGAGCCUUGGUUAUUCGUUGCUACAGUUAGACAAAAUAUUCUAUUUGGAUUGCCAUAUAAUCAAAAAAAAUAUAAAGAGGUGGUCAGAGUAUGUGCGCUACAGAAGGACUUCCAACAGCUGCCUCACGGUGAUCAGACGCUUGUUGGAGAAAGAGGAGCUUCACUAUCCGGUGGACAAAGAGCACGAAUAAAUCUUGCCAGAGCUGUUUAUAGACAAGCGGAUAUUUAUCUACUAGAUGAUCCACUUUCGGCAGUGGAUGCCCACGUGGGUCGGCAACUGUUCGAUGAGUGUAUCACCGGAUACCUACGCCAUACCACGCGCAUCCUUGUUACUCAUCAACUUCAUUAUCUGAAAGCUGCAGAUUACAUUGUUAUUAUGAGCAACGGCGAGAUAGAAGCAAAAGGAAAAUAUGAAGAACUUAUAACGUCAGGCAAAGAUUUCGCCAAACUACUGGGUUCAGUUCAAGAAAAUAAUGAAGCAUCUGACACUGUAAAACCUCUCGUAGUAAUGAGGCGAUCGUCGUCUAGGCUUUCUACAACAAGGCGUCCUUCCAUCAUUGAAUCUACCAUCGGUUCGGAAAUUCCUGCUCAAGAAAUGGAAGAAGAAGAAAGAGAGUCGGGUUCAAUGGGAUGGCUUGUAUAUGGAGCGUAUUUGCGUGCUGGCGGAAAACCAGCUAGAUUGUUUUUUAUGGUACUUCUGUUAGUAGUAGGCCAACUAUCAGCCACACUAUGCGACUACUGGGUGACUUUUUGGACAAAUGAAGUUACACUUAUGAAAGAAAGAGAAGUCAAUCACACAAUUAAAGAUUAUGAAAAGGUUGGAUCUUCGGUUAACUCAAAUUUCUCUUUAUCUAGUUAUUUCACUGGAGUCGACACAGAAGCGAAUUUAGACAUUCACGCCCCUAUAGGACCACUGGACACAUCUCAAUACCUAUAUGGAUAUACAGCGUUGAUAAUAUGUUGUAUCUUCUUCAUCACGUCCCGCGCUUUCAUGUUCUUCAAAGUUUGUAUGACUGCCUCGAGAAAUCUCCAUAACGAUAUGUUCCAUUCCAUGUUACGUGGUGUAAUGCGUUUCUUCGAUACCAAUUCUUCAGGUCGCAUUUUAAAUCGAUUCUCGAAAGAUAUUGGUGCACUGGAUGAAUUGUUACCACGAUUUCUUCUCGAAUGCAUCCAAAUUUACCUUGUGAUGUUAAGUAUAUUAGCGCUUAACGCGGCCGCAUUGAUCUGGACCUUGUUACCGACAACCAUAAUCCUGCUUGUAUUCUACCUUAUCCUUCAAGUCUACUUGAAAUCAGCGCAAUCGAUUAAGCGUUUAGAAGGAACAACAAGGAGUCCUGUAUUUUCUCACAUGUCAGCCACAUUGAACGGUAUCAGCACAAUUCGAUCGGCAGGAGCACAGCAGCGUUUAAUUCAGGAGUUCGAUCUAUUCCAGGACAUUCACACUUCUACUUGGACCAGCUAUUUGGCUAGCGGCGCAACGCUAGGCUUCUGGCUCGACUUCAUCUGCGUGUUGUAUUUGACGAUUGUCAUCGUCGCUUUCCUAGUCAUUGAUAGCAAGACGAUAUUCUCCGGUAACGUGGGUCUGGCAAUAUCACAAACGCUCAUCUUGACGGGGAUGCUGCAGUUCGGCGUGCGGCAGACGGCGGAAGUCAUUUCACAGAUGACCAGCGUGGAGCGGAUCUUACAAUACACACGUAUUGAGAGAGAGCCACAAUGGGAAAAAGGAAAUAAAGAAACCCCUAAAGGCUGGCCUUGGCGCGGCCGUGUCGAGUUUCGCAAUUGUUAUAUGAAGUACACUCCGCAAGAUUUGCCCGUACUAAAAAAUCUAAAUUUGGUUAUUGAAAGUGGGUGGAAGGUUGGAAUCGUCGGAAGAACUGGAGCAGGGAAAUCGUCACUCAUAUCUUCCCUUUUCCGCCUCGCCAUUAUAGAAGGGGAAGUUCUCAUUGAUGACGUGGACACAGCGUAUCUAGCGUUACAGGACUUACGUUCGAAGAUCUCCAUUAUACCCCAAGAGCCUGUACUAUUUUCUGCGACUGUACGAUACAAUUUAGAUCCAUUCGAUAGUUACGACGAUGAACAAUUGUGGAAAGCACUUGAGGCUGUUGAUUUGAAAGCAGCGAUUCCGUCGCUUGAUUUCAAAGUGUCUGAGGGUGGAUCGAACUUCUCGCUCGGUCAAAGACAACUAGUUUGUCUAGCGCGGGCCAUUCUUCGUGGAAACCGCAUUCUGGUGCUCGACGAGGCUACCGCCAAUGUUGACCCUAAGACAGAUGAAUUUAUCCAAGGAACAAUAAGAAAACGUUUCGCAGACUGCACGGUAAUAACAGUGGCACAUCGUCUGAACACAAUCAUGGAUUCGGAUCGAGUCAUGGUGAUGGACGCUGGUCGCUUGGUGGAGUUCGAUCACCCGUACAAACUGCUUAGGAAUCCCCUCGGCCACUUCACAAAGAUGGUGAACGAGACCAGUGACAAAAUGUCCGCACAGCUGUUCCAAAUUGCAAAGAAAACAUUCCUCGACAGCGGAGGCGUCGAAGAUUAAUAUAGUUUUAUUCGUUUAAGUAUAUUGUUAAGUUUAUUGUAAUUAAGUACCUACCUACCUAACUAGUAACUUAAGAUUAUCGUUUUGGAAUAAUGCUGUUAGUCUUGCAACUAAGUACCUUUAAGUAUUACUAUUACCUAUUACGUUUAUUUGAUGAAAGACAAUGAAAACUACGUAAAAUUAAAAUAUUAGUGUCUAGCGGACGCCAGGCGCCAGCGUCUUCGCCCGCAUGAAGUGUUUCACAAAUCCCGUGAGAACCAUUGUUUUUUCUGAUCAAAUAAUGGCCUAUUAUUGCUCAAUAACCUCCUCUAACUUCCAGUGAGCUUAAUUGCAUUGUGGAUACAGCGGUUAGAUACCUUAGUGGUUUCGGAUCGCGAGGUUCUGGAACGUAUCUUGAAUCGGGAUAGGUAAAAAGUUUAUAGUGUUACACCCGCCUGUCUCGGAAAACUCGAUAAGUUGUCGGUCCCAGUCAUUGUCUAGACAUCUGAUAAUGGUCGUUAAUCAAUUUAACAUUCACUCCAAGCCAAUCCGUAUUGAAAUGGCGUGGUGGGUCUAAGCUCCAUACCUCUCCCCUCCUCAUAAAUGGUGCGUUAAAAUAGGCUGAUAAUGAUAAACUUCCAGUGAAAGUCUCAUUAAAAUCGGUUCAGCCGUUCUAGAGAUUAACCCGGACAAACAGCGGACAGACAAAAAAUUGUUUAUCUUUUAGUAUGGUAUAAAUAUCUAGCACUUGAUAUAACAGUUAUUUUGAAAUCAUAGACCGCCAAUUCCAUUUUAUUAAUAUUUGUAUUGAUAAUAAGAUGUAUUGAUUUCGCGGAUGGAAAUGAAUAUGUUCAAAAUACCUAUGGCGAUGCUCAGAAAUUGCGAAUCCCAAUGCUUUAAUCCUAAUUUCAAUCAUAACACUUAGGUACCAACUUGAGUAGAUAUUGUAUAUUUAAUAUCUACCUUCAUAAAUCAUUCAAACUGUCAAAUAGAUUAAAAAAAUCGUUAUUUGAGGAGUUAUUCAAUUUACUUGGAGAUUAUAUGAUUACCUAUAGAAUUUACAAGUUACUUAUUUAGGUACCUAAAGUGCUAUCUAUGCACUAUACUUUCAAUAACUUGUACGUGUUAUUCCAAGACGAACUAAGAGUCAUGAUUGCAAAAUCUAAAUAGUUGUUUAAGUUAAGGAAGCUGCAAAGUAAUUGUUAUUUAUUUUUAUUAAGACUUGCUCUAAAUAUGGGUAAGUAUUGCAAAAUGAUAAUUACCUAGGUAAUAUAAUUGCCAUAGAGGUUAACCUCGAACAAAUAAAGAUAAGCUUUAAGACA